CAGAGAACAUGUCGCCAGUCAGAACCAUCAAGGCCUUUGGUGCCGCAACCCUCACCACCGCGUUUCUCGCCACUAUCCAAGGAACAAACGCCUUCACCAGCACCGGGACCAGCCCGCUGAGAGAGGAAGCAGCAAGCAAGAGUAUUCUCAUCGGGUCCGGAGCAAUUAAUCCAAAUUAUCUCAAUGAUUCUCAGUUUGCCAAUGUCCUUGCCACGCAGUUCGAGAGCCUCUCGCCUGAGAACGAGUUGAAGUGGGAGUUUAUCCACCCGACCCCCGGGCACUACAAUUGGGACACAAUCGACCGCCUCGUGGGCUUUGCAAAGGACCAUGACAUGGUGGUCAAGGGACAUGGGCUGAUCUCGAGCUGCUGCAACCCAGACUACCUGCUCAACAUCACCGACCCCACCCAGUUCCGUGCUGCCAUGUCCGCUCACUUUGAGGCAAUCAUGCACCGAUACCACGGCAAGCUGGAUCGGUGGGACGUCGUCACCGAAGCCCUCAAAACGCAGGGCGGCGGUCUGCAGACCAACGACUUCUACAAAGUCCUCGGGCCCGGCUACGUCCAAGAUGCCUUCCGUAUCGCCCGGGCGGCAGACCCUGAUGCCAAACUAUUCAUCAACGAGAAUCUGGUCGAGUCACUCCCCAACAAGCGCCAGGAGCUCUACCACCUAGUCUCCGGACUCGUGGCGGACGGCGUCCCCAUCGACGGAGUCGCUCUUCAGAUGCACAUCACCGAAGUGGCCCCGAAACCUGGCGUCAUUACGGAGAUGGUCGAUUCCUACAAGGCCCUCGGACUGGAAGUAUCCAUCGCUGAAAUGGAUGUCCACACGCUCAACUCCACACUCGAAACCGAUAUCUACAGUGCCGUCAUGAGCGAGGCUCUUGACGCUGGAAUCACCGAUAUUAGCUUCUGGGGCUUUACGGAUAAGCACGCGUACACCUGGAUCAAGGGCGCGAAGCCCUUGAUGUUCGACGAGUAUUACAACCCCAAGGGUGCGUUCUACGCUGCCCACACUGCGCUGACAACCUUCGACAAUGAGUCCUGAAAUGCUCAAGCCGCUCUUUACCAUGAAGCUUCUUCAAAGGGUUGGCUCUAUUUGUACCGAUAUCGAGAGAAGAGGGUUGAGGCGCCAUUCGAAAACUUGACUUUUUUUCCAUAUUCCAAAGCUUUACAACAGCCUUAGGAAGUCUGAUUCUCCCACAAUUGUGUAUUAUUUUGUAUUUUUCUAAUUGAAAUAAGGAUGUUACCUUUCAUAUAGACGUUCUCGAAUGGAAC